AUGCUGGUAGGUGUGGAUGACGGUGCUGACAUCCCCAGGGAGCUGGUGGUAGGCAUCUAUGAAAGGAUACAGCAGAAGGAGCUCAAGUCCAAUGAGGACCAUGUCACGUAUGUCACCAAGGUGGAGAAGUCUAUCGUGGGCAUGAAGACAGUGCUGUCCGUGCCCCACCGCCGCCUGGUCUGCUGCAGCCGGCUCUUCGAGGUGACCGAUGUGAACAAGCUGCAGAAACAGGCCGCACAUCAGAGGGAAGUGUUCCUCUUCAACGACCUGCUGGUGAUUCUGAAACUUUGCCCGAAGAAGAAGAGCUCCUCCACCUAUACCUUCUGCAAGUCAGUCAGCCUGCUGGGCAUGCAGUUCCAUCUUUUUGAGAAUGAGUAUUACUCUCACGGCAUCACGCUGGUGACCCCACUCUCGGGCUCUGAGAAGAAGCAGGUGCUGCACUUCUGUGCCCUGGGCUCGGACGAGAUGCAGAAGUUUGUGGAGGAUCUGAAGGAGUCCAUCGCUGAGGUUACAGAGCUGGAGCAGAUCCGGAUAGAGUGGGAGCUGGAGAAGCAGCAGGGAGCAAAGGCGCUCUCCUUCAAGUCCAGCGGGGCGCAGGUGGACCCGCAGUUGAAGCAAGGAUCGCCUACAGCCAAAAGGGAAGCCGCGCUGGGGGAGAAGCCGGCGGAGAGCACGGUGGAGGUGUCAAUUCACAACAGGCUUCAAACGUCUCAGCACAGCCCCGGGCUGGGGGCCGAGAGGGGAGCGCCGGCGCCAUGGCCAGACCCGCAGCCUAGCCCCCUGAGGGAGCAGCCCCCGCCGCUGCCGCAGCUGCCACCCACGCCCCCUGGGACCCUGGUGCAGUGCCAGCAGAUUGUCAAGGUCAUUGUGCUGGACAAGCCCUGCUUGGCCCGCAUGGAGCCCCUGCUGGGCCAGGCCCUCUCCUGCUACGCCUCGUCCUCCUCCGACCCCUGUGGCUCCACACCCCGGGGUGGCCCGGGCUCCCCGGGCAGGGCCAUGCACCAGCCUCCGCUGCCCCCGCCCCCACCCCCCUACAACCACCCCCACCAGUACUGCCCGCCCGGGUCCCUGCUGCCCCAGCGCCGCUACUCCAGCGGCUCCAGGAGCCUGGUGUAGACUCUGCCCCGCCCAACCCCGCGCUCAUGUCCCUGGGAGGGCUGGCCGCCGGGGGCGGGGGGCUCAGCUACAGCCAGCAGCCCCAACCGCCCCUUCGCUUGCUGCUCCCCACGCCUGGCACGAUGCACUCCUGGUCACUGAGCACCAUCGUUUUGGAAAGAGAGCCUCAGUCCCUGGCACCUGGGUUUCACCUCGCCCCAACAUGCUUCCCUUGUCCGAGCACCCCUCUCCCUAAUCUGGAGAUCCCACCUCACUCUCCUGGGGCCCGACACAGCAAGGCACGUCCAGGCCUCCUCUUCCUCCUGCCACCACUCUGGCCACUUGGACCAUGGACCGAAGCAAGCAGGAGCCGAGGGCCUAACCAGCUUCCUGGCCCUGAGUCCGUCAGGCCCCAGGCCUCAGGCCGGGUGGGUAAUGCGAGGGGUGGGAGGCUUUCUCUGCUGCAGCCCCUAAGCCCAGCCAUCUCCCGAGGCUGAUCCUCCACCCCCAGGGAUGUUGGCUGUCCUGGCCACAUCCUCCCCCUCCUGCCAGGGCCUUCUCCCGCUUUCUCAGGAGCUGGGCCCUGCCUGUCCAGGGCUUCUCAGACUGCAGGAAAGUUCUGAGAAACUUAAGAGGGAAAGGGGGACCACUCUCCGCUCUCUCCAGAGCACGUCAGCAGAGCUGCGGAAUCGUGAGGUCAUAUAUCCACAAGAUGCACCUUUUAAAAGAGUUUCUUAGUUCUCUAGCCCCAGAUAUUCCCCAGCCAAUGUGAAGUGCAGAGGGUGUAGACUUAAACACACACAUACAAACCAGGCUCUUCCAGCGUGGGAGCCGACACAGGGAGAAGUGCUGGCAAUCUGCCCAGGGACAGAUACAGCCAGCAGAGGUAGGAAUCGGACCCAAGGCAGGGUUCCCUCUUGAAUGACAGGCAUUCCUCCUGCUGCCAUCUCCAACGAGCCCGUCAGCCUUUAAAUCCCGCUCCCCGCGCCUCCUCCAGGAAGGCGCCAGACCUGCCUCCUGCUGGCAUGGCUGAAAGAGCCCUACACCCUCACGGUUGCACAGGAGAGCCAAGCAGGGCUCGCUGAGCUCCCCAGGGACCACCAGAAUCCGAGCGUCCGCUUUUACGAGGCCCAGCGGAGCCCAGGCAGCCCGGCCUCAAAGCCCUCGGGCUCUACCGCGGCCUGCCCCGAUCCCAGCCCUCUCAGGAAGUGUCUGUCCCAGACCAGGCUGGACUCUCCAGGCCUGUGCCAAGAGCUCAUUGCUGUCCUUCGUUAGGAUCCCCUCCCCCUUGGAGCCCAUUUUCAAAGCCUGCCAAGAGAUGGAAGUGAACAGUGGCCAGGUCUAAAGUGAGUCUGCUUCUCCCUGCUGCCUACCCCAUGCCCCAAAGGGAGUGCCCUGAGCCAGCUAGGAGGCGCGGAAUCCUCCCCCACUCUCAGAGGUUCCAGAUGACCUAGUUUCGAAUGUGUGUGUCUGCAGCAGUCACCCAGACGUCAUAUGAUGUCAGCCAGUGAGUUUAUUUCUGGCUCUUUGUCAGCCCGGUUUCCAUAACUUGUGACCAAUUUGCCACCUCCUCCCACGGUGGCUGCCCAGCUGAUCUCCUGUCCUUGUUGCCCUGACCCCUCCCCUGUGCCUUCCCUCUAACAGGUGGCUCCAGUCACAGCCGUUCGGAACAGCGCGGCUGACAGAUGGAGCGCACAGAUUCAGCCACCUCCGAUGCCCUUGGCCAAGGCAGGGAUCGCCCUUUAAAAGUGCAGGCCUAGAUAGCAGGAGUCGGGGGGCACUCGGGGCGGGGGUGGAUGAAUCUCGAAUGGGGGGCCACGCCGGAAGAGAGCGGUAGUUACGCCGGGCGGCAGGGAGGCUGCCUUAGGAAGGAAUGGGAGCUCUGAGAUGACUAAGUGUGCUCACUGGUGGGGACCAUGAGUGCCAGGGCCCGCCACUGAGACAGGCCACAGUCCCAACUGUCAGGCCCCUGUCACCUGCUCACACAGUGCUUCUGGUUGGAAAGUGCCCUCCUCCCUGUUGAUGGGCACGCCAACCUGGCCCUCCCUCCCACCUCUGCUGUGGCCCUGACUCUCCAGGUCAGGCCCAGUGGAAGUCUUAGGGCCGGCACUGUCUCUGAGGACCCAGACGCUCAGGCGUCUCAGGGCCCUUUCCCCAGGUAGGGGCUUACCGCCUGUCACUGGGGUGGCUUCCCUGGGCCCCACAGGCAGCACAGGGAGGCCUGGUCUAGGAGGCAGACCAGCCUGGGGUCAGCAGCACAUGGAGCCAAGCCUGAGCGGUGAGAGGUUUUUAAGCCCUGAUGGCCCCCCUCACUGUCGGGAAAACCAGAGUCCCCACUGUCUCUAACUGACCUCCUCUGACCAGCCAGAAGGCUAAGGUUGGGACCCACCUCUGUCCCUGUCCCUAGAGCCUCAUCCCCAAAGUCCUGGGUCAUCGGAUGGGUCAGAGCUGGGGGCGCAGGGCCAGGGAGCUGACCCCACCACUCCACCGCUCCUCCCCGGAGGGCCCGGCCGGAGCUGCACUUGGGCUCCCUGCUCCCCAAGGCAGUGGGGGGCAGCGGAGUGCUGACUGGGCCCCCCGACACCGCAUCCUGGGUACAGCCCUGUGACCCCGGGGUGGGCCCGCCAGAUCAACUCUCUAGGCCUUACUUUAGAGGACCUGGGCCCCCUUCUCAGUGGUAUCCAUAUGGCCCCAACUCCAGAAGCAGGAGUAAGGACGGUAACUAGCUUUCCCACACGGUUUUGGGCUAGUCCCCAGCUAGAGCUGGAGCAAGACCCUGCCCCGGGAGCGCGAGCUGGAAGCCCACCUGUCUCCGACAGCACACCUAUUGAUCAGCCCUGGGCCCCUGGCUACCCCCCCCCACCGCACCUGUUCCCCCAUAGCCUGCCAGUAUGUCUCCUUGUGUCCAAUAGGCUUCCCUGGUAGCCAUUUGUCCAUCUGUCCCCGUGUCCUGCCGUGCAGACUUUCCUGCUGCACUCCGCCCGCCCCCCGCAUCUGCCCCUUCACCCUGUUGGAGAGAAAGCUGUCUAGGAAAAGGCAGGGUGGUUGCACCCAGCGACGAAUCCAAAUGGCAAAUAUUUUGUAACAAGAUAGCCCAGAGGUAUUUUAUCUGUUCAAUUCAUAGAGUUGUAGAGAUUAUAUUGAAAUAUGUCACUUGAGCAAAUUGCUCCAGUUCCGUUUCUUUCGUUGUCUCAGAGGGAGGUCCUACCUGGAGUCCAAGCAUCUAGUUGGCCAGAGUCCGAAGGCAGAGGAUGUUGUGCGGCCCUCAGCUGGACCGCCAGGCCGCUCUCCCUGGCCGCAGUGGUGUCCCCCUGACCCCAAGAUGAGGUGCCUCCGUGCCACCAUGGGACACGCUUAGGAAGCCCCAUCUGAGAUAGAGGAGACUUAGGUGUGUGUGUGGGGGGGGUCGUCGGAUGGGUCAGAGCUGGGGGCGCAGGGCCAGGGAGCUGACCCCACCAACACCACCACCACACACCUGCACGCACACGCACACACGCGCGCACGCGCACCUCUUAGCCAGGUAAGAGAGCUGCUAACAGCGGAGACCGAGGCCGCGUUAGAGGGAAGAAACCCCACGACCGUCAGUGUGCAUCCCAGCAGAGUGGGAGGUGAGGGGUCAGGACCCCAUCUGCCCUGCUUGGCCUCCUGCCAUGGAGAGUGGGGGCAGGUUGGGGGCCCCAGGCCCCAGUGACCACGUUUGAUCAUCAGCCCCCGAAGCCUGACCUUCUCAUCACAGGCCUGGUUUGACAAGCCCUGGGGGGGACCCUUCCUGAGGUAGAGGGGCAACGGGCCCAGGUGCGAGGAACACCGUCGGGGAAGCUGCACAGAGCCAGCAAGCGUGAUGGAGCAGACAUCUGCGGGUCGCUGGAGGGGAUGCCUCUCCUGCAGGAGAGGGCAAUAACGUCAGCGCUGGGGAGAGAGACGAGGGGCUUGGGCGAGCAUCCCCCACUAUGGACAGGGCCUUCACAGAGAGCGAUUUCUCCUGGCAGGGGAGAGAGGACAGAGUCUUCCAGCAAAGCCGAGGCCUCAGGGGCCCUGCACCGUGGGAGAAAAGUGACUGGCCAGGGUGGCGGGUCCGGGGACACCUGCAGAGGGUGACCCGCUCUCCUGGUGACCAGAACUCUGAACACCCAGAAAUCCAGACAGCUCCCCAGGCCGGGGCCCAUUCUCCCCAGUUCAAGUGAAAAGGAAUAUGACCUCACCCGCCUUCCAGGAAACGGGAAAUUCCAGGAGAAGUCUUGGGCCAGCUAUGACCUGUCCCAUCCUGGGAACUCUCUGACCCAGGAAUCUGAGGACGGGCCCCUGGAGAGCACCCCUGAGGGGACCCAGCUCAGCCCAGGCCUGGGAGAGGGCCGAAGGCUAAAAGGGCUCUGCUGUGUGGGAACGCAGGGCGGUGCCGCCAUCCUCCAAGCCUUCUGGCCCCUGAGGUCGUCUGGAAGGAACGGCCCUUUUUCCAGUGAGAGAGGGAGACCAUGGUGCUCUAACAGAAGCCCCCUGGGUCUGCCAGCCAGUGCUGCUCCCUAUAGUGACCCUUUAGCUGGGGGAAUCUCAGACUCCGCAGCCAUUGAUUUAGAACAUUUCCAAUAAGGGGGACCUGAGAGCAAUGGGCCAGAACAGGACACCGGUGUGAGAAUUCAGGGAGCAGUCAGCAAGGUUAGGAAGCCCCAGCAUGCCCCAGGCACUGGGGUGGGGGCCGGGGCACCCAGUGAAUGGGACAGACAAAGCUCCUGCCCUCCAGGAGCCCGCACUGAACGGUGCCGACACAAAUACGCGAACGGACCAGCUCUUUCCACAGAGCGGGUAGUGGUACAGGACGGGAUGGGGAGGGGGGUCAACAGCCAAGGAAGGCCUCUGCGGGGAGGCCAGCGCAACAAGGUUGAGGUCAGGUCCGAGGGCAGGGGAGCAGUUCAGAGGCCACCUCCACACGGUCGAACGACCACAGAUGGAUAGGCAUCGGCAUCAGUGGGAAAGGAGGUGGCUUGAACGCAGGCCAUCAGGCAGUUCUGGAGGCCGGCCGGGUGGGGGCAGCUCCAGUCCAGAGCAAGGGCUCUUGUACGGCUCUGACUCCUGGUGGGGAGGAGCCCACCCCAGGGCCCAGUGGGCCUGCACGUAGCCCUCUGUCCACCUCCUCCCUGUCGCCCCACACCAAGAAAACUCAGGUUUUCCAUUUAAAAUAACAACAGGGUGGACUCCGUGGCCUAUUACCCACAAGACCCUGGGGCUGGCAACUUUUCUGACCUCAGCAUGAAUUACACAAAAUCGUGGUAGGGUCAGUUUCUCAUCCCAUGGGGCUGGCAGAAGGCCGCUGUGGGCCUUGGUACGCCCCGCUUCCUUCCCUCAGCCCUGACGGAUGUGGCUAAUUGACCCCUGCUAUCCAGGAGUCACCAUCAAUCAACGAAUGUUGGCCCCCGGGAUGAAGUUAAGCUGCCACCCACCUCGGGUGUCCUUACUGAGCCACCCUGAAGGAAGCCAUUUGGGAUGGAGGUGAUUUAGAGCAGGAGGCACAGGCAAACUCUGGGCUGAGGGAGCGGGGCCCAGGGAGGAAGCCUAGUGGCAGAGACUUGUGCCUACUAUUGUCAGAUUGCUUGGGGAAAAUGGCUCGGGAGGACGCCUCACUGUUCCAUAGCUACAAAUGCUCUGCCAGUCCGAUGCUCAGGGCUGCUUCCUCUUAGGGCUCCACUCUGCUCCAGCGCCCUGCAAACACCCUGCCCGGGAGGUCCUGUCACUUGCUCUACUCACCAACCAUCGGCUCCUUCUCUCCUCUGACCCACAGAGUGAGCCACUGAGGUACAAGAUAGCAGCCAGGGUCACAGAUGGGGAGUGCCCGGAGAGAAGGAACUCAGGAGAACUCUCCAUCCCAGGGCAAAGCAUGGCCCGGAGGGGCCACCACCAGGCAUGUCUGGCCUGGAAAGACUCUUCACAGGGCAGGGGGACGUGUUCCCUCCAGGAGAACGUGGGGCCCAACCAGAGCCCCGUGACCUGGAGUCGCAGGCUGACCUCUUCUCUGCUCCUCUCCCCUUCCCAGGAAGGAGCCAGGCCCAGGAAGAGGCCCCAUGUUGUCCCAGCCUGAAGUCAGAACUGGUCCCACUGGGAAAAUUCCAUUCUGGAAGAAACUGGAGGAUGAGGGAACUGGGCUCAGGAGAUGAGGAGGAUGGAUGGAAACUCUUUCCUCACCCUGUCCUCCCAUCCCUCCUGCUGGUCUGGGUAGCUCAUUUCCCUAGAGAACCAGGCGCCCUAGCCCCACUAGCUAGCCCUGAGCACCUCCGUAUUUCCUGCUUCCAUGACCCUAAAGAACCUCAAGGCAGGCUGUGGAAAAGUUGUGGGAACUAGCUGCGGGAAAGCAGGAAGCCACCAGGAGAGCUGGCUCUUAUUCUCACAUUCUCAACUUCCCUCCCCCCAGAGCCCCCAAUCCUUUCUCCUUCUAAGACAUUGGGCUUGGAUGUGGCCUCUCCCGCAACCCCCAAGGCUUGAGGGAGCCUUGUCCACCAUCACAGGGUGGCCCAUGGUCCCCGAACGUCGGACCUGGAAGCAGACAGGUUAGUCAGUCCAACCGCUUCCUCUUAUGGAUAAGGGGACUGUUUCCGUUAAGAAGUUAAAUUAAAGCCUCAGAAAGAACAGAAUCAUCCUACAGGCAGUAGGAGAAAGGAAAUAAUAAAGACAAAAGCAGAAACAGUGAAACAGAAAAGACAUACACAACAGAAAGGAUUAACGGAACCAGAAGUUAGUUCUAAGAAAUGACUAAUCAAAUUGACAAACUUCCAAUUCGACUGAUCACAAAAAGGAGAUUCAGCACAGAUAAAUUAAGUUGAGGCAACAAGGGGCACAUAGUUACCAAUACUGCAGAAAUGUUUUUUAUAAACAGAGAGAAUACUACAAAUCCACUAUAAAUAAACUACACACCUUAGAACAAUACGUUUGAAAAUCAUCACGUAAGAUGAAUACUAUUUAGAAAAAUACCUUAUCAAACUCACUCAAGUAUAAAUGGGAAAUUUGAGAUAAAUUGUCAUUAAAGAAAUUCGAACAUGUAUUAAAAAUCUCUUUGAGGGGUGCUUGGGUGGCUCAGUCGUUAAGCGUCUGCCUUCAGCUCAGGUCAUGAUCCCAGGGUCCUGGGAAC